AUGGCCAACCGGUCUGAAAAGAAGCGUAACGAAAGGGAACGAGUCUUGGGAAAGUAUUACAAUCUCGUAGCUUUGCUCUCUCUGGUGAUUUGGUCUUUGACAUUUCUAAAGAGCCUUUUGUCUGGUACGCUCCCAUUUACACUCUUUGGGUGUAUCUGGAGAAUUGCCAUUGUGCUAUUUGGAUAUUCUACAAGUCUCUCUGGUAUUUAUAGCAGUCUCAAACUUGGUGUACCCUUUAGCCUGUCUAACGACUUGUUUAUCAUCACAACAGUUGUAGCUGUAGGCUCCGCGUUUUAUGAUUUCUUCUACAAACUAUUUUUGGUCAUUCCCCUGUAUGGUCUAUACAAAUUAUCACUCUUUGUCUACAAGUGGGCCACUACUCCGGGACCGGAACUACCUCCACAAGAAGAACCCAAACAGAAGGUGAAGUAUAGAAAGAUUAGAGCAUAG